CAUGCCGCGGCUCUACCUGUUCAAUAUUGUUUUGUGUCUCGCUCGUGAUUACUGAAGAACGCUUUUUCGCACUUUCGGUGUCUUUUCGCGUCUUCCGUCCGGUUUCGCCUCUUCUUCCAGGCCGCGCGACAACACCUGUCCUCCAAAACGAAGAGACGACUCGAUAACACUGCCGCCGGCAUGAGUGGAGCAGCGGACUUCGCCGUUGAAAUGCAGGAAAACCUGCGCAAAGUCACGGUGCCUAUCCACGGCCAGAAGAUCUACAAAGACGAGUGCGUCUACUCGUUCGACAAUCCGGAGUCGAAAACCGGGCUCUACGUGUGCCUCCACACGUUUCGCGGAAUUGGCGAAGAGCACCUGCAGAGACACUAUGAGAGGACCAGCGGAAAGGGUUCCGUCUACCUGCACAUCAAAAGGAUUAAGAAGAAAAUUGAAAAUGUCGAGUCGACCCCUGAGGGCCCGGACAAGAAAAUCACUCGCUUGGCCAUCGGGGUGGAGGGCGGAUUCUUUCCAGACCUAAACAAAAAGAAGUUCGAAUACGAAGACACCCUGAGCAUCUUUUUGUACCCCAGCAGGAAGUCCUGUCCUUGGCCCAAUCCAGAUUUGCCUGAAAUUGUCAAAUCAUCUGUAAACGCUGUUCUUCAAGCAGACUCUGCUUACAAGCUGGAGGAACUGGAAGCCUUGAGCAACACCUGGGACGGAGAAACGAUCUUCCCGUCACAGUAUGCUGAGAAUUUGGAGCAGGUGGAAAAUGGCAAAAAAGUGCCUCCAACUGGGUGGAAGUGCGAGAAAUGCGACAUGACAAACAACCUGUGGCUCAACCUGACCGACGGCUCCAUUCUCUGCGGCAGAAAGUACUUCGACGGCUCCGGCGGCAAUGACCACGCCAUUGAGUACUUUCGGGAGAAAGAUUAUCCUUUGGCUGUGAAGCUUGGCACCAUUACAAAAGAUGGAAAGGCUGACGUGCACAGCUACAAGGAGGACUGCUUGAUCCUUGACCCCUACCUUGCCAAACAUCUUGCUCACUUUGGCAUCAACAUUGGCAGCAUGGAAAAGACUGAAAGAACCAUGGCCGAGCUGGAGUUGGAGGCGAACCAGAAGUUUGGCGAGUGGAGUGUGGUGCUGGAGUCUGGCUCGAAAUUGAAGCCGCUCAGCGGACCAGGUCUGGUCGGCCUGAGCAACCUGGGCAACUCGUGCUACAUGAACAGCGUCAUGCAAGUCGUCUUCACGAUUCCAGACUUUGUUUCCAAGUUCCUUGAGAACCGACAAGCCAUUUACGACGAGAUGGCCAGGGUAGACACCGCCAACCCUGUCGAAGACUUUAACUGCCAAAUGGCCAAGCUGGCCGAAGGCCUACUCACUGAUAAGUACGCAGUGCCGCCUGUGGUUGACGAGGCCACAAACGACGCAAUUUUCGAGGGAAUCAAGCCGCAAAUGUUCAAAAACCUGAUCGGCAAGGGCCAUGCUGACUUCUCCUCCAAGCGGCAGCAGGAUGCGCAGGAGUUUUUCCUCCACUUAGUCAAUGUUCUCGAGAGGUCCAACAUGAAUCAGGUGAACCCGACAGAAUGCUUCAAGUUCAAGGUGGAGGACCGUUUCGAGUGCAGCCAGUCGCGCAAGGUCAAGUACACAUAUCGCACCGAGUACUGCCUGCCGCUGCCUAUUCCCGAGGACGCUGCAACCAACAAGGAGCAACUUGCUGCUUACUUGGCCCAGAAGAAGGCAGCUGAGGAUGCUGGACAGCGAUACGAAGGGGAUGUGAUCCGCCCACACAUCAAACUGGACUCAUGCCUGGAGACCUUCUCGCAGGCAGAAAACAUUGAGCAAUUCUACAGCACCGCAAUCAACGACAAGACUACUGCCUCAAAGAUCACCCGCCUUGCCACCUUCCCCGACUACCUAAUGCUGCACCUGAAAAAGUUCACCCUGAACGAAGACUGGACGCCGCGCAAGCUGGACGUGGCGGUCGAGAUGCCAGACGUGCUGGAUCUGAGCCAGAUCCGCGGCAAGGGUCUGCAGCCAAAUGAGGAGGCGCUGCCCGAUCUGGAGGGCGCGCCACCGGUCGUGGAGCUUGACCAGAACAUCAUCAGGACACUCCUCGACAUGGGCUUCCCCCUAGAGGCUUGCAAGAAGGCCACAUUCUUCACCAACAACCAGGGUCUUGAGCCAGCAACUAAUUGGCUCAUGCAGCAUGUCGGCGACAGCGACUUCUCAGAUGAGUUUGUUCCUCCCGGCGUCUCUGCGUCAGGAGGCGGUGAAUUUGUUCCCGAUGACGAGGCGUUGACGAUGAUCAUCAGCCUGGGCUUCUCGCGGGCGCAGGCGGUCAAGGCCCUGAAGGAGACCAACAACAGUGUGGAGAGGGCGGCUGACUGGGUGUUCAGCCACCAUCAGGAGCUGAUGGAGCUGGACGCGCCCGAGGCAGCCGACGGCGGCGCCAGGCAGCCUGCGGAGCCGCACUUCCGCGACGGCGGUGAAAAGUACCAGCUGGUGGCGUUUAUCUCGCACAUGGGCACCUCCACCAUGGUGGGCCACUACGUGUGCCACAUCCUCAAGGACGGCCGCUGGGUGCUGUUCAACGACGAGAAGGUCGCCCUCUCCGAGCAGCCGCCCAAAGAACUCGGAUAUCUCUACUUUUAUAAGAGAAUUAACUGAACACUGAACUACCACCCUGCCCCAUCCUUUUCUUUGUUAAUUUUUAACAGCGUGUACUCGCAACUUGUAUAAAUGCUGAUUUGGAAAUAAAUCUGUCCUGGUUGCUUGAAAUUUAUAA